CUCCUCUUCCAGCUGUCGGGACCAGAGUGUCUACGCUGAUCUCAGUGGCUCCAUCAGUGCAGAGGACGACUACCUGCCUCUCCGGCACCGCUCAACCCACCUCACCAUGACCCACCUGGACCCACCACCCCACCGAACCAACCCCAAAGCAUGGAUGGAGGAGGACAACAGCAGGGGCAGGAUUGGCAGACACUCAGGGUUAAAAGAAGAAAGGAAUCGUGAAAGUGGCUACUUCUCUCUGGGGAGGGCGGGAGGAGCCCGUUCUCUCAGGGAUCAGAGCCCCCCUCCCGUUUACCGCCAUUCAGAGAGGGGACACCCCCUCUACAGCAACCGAAGCCCUGAACCCAAAGUUACCAUCCCCUUCAGGAACCCUAACCUGGGGCUGGCCUCGGAGAGGUUAAAUCCAGAGAUACUAAACCCAGACCUGCCCCUGGAAAUCCCUGAACCUCCUGACGCAUUUGAUCUCACCAUCGAAGUUGAGGCUCAGGUGGGCCCUCGCUCCCCAAGCCCAACCCCUUUUAAGAUAGCAGAAUCCCUGGCCUCCACUAACCGGAGGGGUUUCAACAGCUCAUACAGUAGCAGAAACUCCCCUUCCUAUCAGGAGUCUGGGAAGUUCAAUUCAUCGAGACAAAGCUCCUCUCUGUCCCGCUCCUCUUCACCCUUACCAAACACCUUCCCAUUCAAACGAAGUGAAUGUACCAUCUCCCUCAACAGGCGGGGCUUAGACUCUGAGGGCUUGUCUCAGGGGUGGGACCAGACUUCUAGAGGUCCCCCCCAGAGGUCUUAUGGACCAGGUGUUGAUAUUAGAGGCUUGAAUAAAAACGUAAUAUCGAUGGCCAGUUCAGUUGGUUCCAUAUCACAGGUGAAUUCUGUUGCAUAUUUUAAAAGUGCAUUGCGCAAGAAUGAGACAGACAGCUCCUUAAAUGGUCGUGGACGUGACACUCAAAGCUCCGGCCCUUCAAGGAGGGGUUACGAAAGCCCCAGACAAUCUCGGGUGCGCAAAUCUGAAACAAGUAACUCCUUAAAUGGCCGUGACAGCAGAAGCUCAUCUCCUUCGAGGAGGGCUAAUGACACCUCCAACCAAACCCUGCUUCGCAAAUCUGAUGGGAACAACUUGAUAAAUGGUCAUGGUCAUGAAAGUCACAAUUCUUCUCCUUCGAGGAGGAGUUAUGAUGCCACCAGCCAGUCCCUCCUUUGCAAAUCUGAAACAAACAGUUCUCUCAAUAGUCAUAGUCCACACGGCGGCCGGUGUGGCUCUCCCAUUAGGGAGGGUUAUGAUGCCGAAAGACAAUCUCUGCGGAAAUCAGCUUCUAGGAAUGACUUAAAUGUUCAUGCAUAUGAAAGUGGUAGCUCUUCCCCUUCUAGACAUGGCUUUGACACUCCUUGUCAAUUCCUGCUAUGCAAAAGUGAGACAAGUGGCUAUGGAAAUGGUCGAGGUCGUGACAGUGGAAGCUCCUCUCCCUCUAGGAAAGGCUUUGAUGCCCCGAGCCAGUCACCUCUGCGCAAAAAUGAAUCCAACAGCUACCUGAAUGGUCAAAGUCGAGACAGUCGAAGCUCCUCCCCUUCGAGAAAGGGAUAUGAACCCCCUAGCCAAUCACUGCUUCGUAAAUCUGAGACGAACAGCUCUGUCAGAAGUCAAAGUCGUGAUCGUCCUACCUCCUCUCCCUCUAGGAGAGGCUAUGAUACACCGAGCCAGUCAUCACUGCGCAAAAGUGAAUCCAAAAACUACCUGAAUAAUCAAAGUCGAGACAUUCGGAGCUCCUCCCCUUCGAGAAAGGACUAUGAUGCCCCUGGCCAAUCAUUGCUUUGUAAAUCAGAGACGAACAGCUCUGUCAGAUGUCAAAGUUGUGGUAGUCGUAGCUCCUCCCCUUCAAGGAGGGGCCAUGACACCCCCGGCCAAUCACUACUGCACAAAUCUGAGAAGAGUGGGGCCCUCAAUGGUCGGAGCCAUGACAGUCGCAACUCCACUCCAUCCAAAAGAGGCAAUGACCCACCAGGUCAGUCACUCCUCAGGAAAACCACCAGUGGGGGUGACUCCAGCCUCUCUUACCAGAGAAAAAACACUUACGGUGAUGCUCGGCCGGACUCUAACCCCUCCCCUGGCACCUGGCGAGGCUCCACCCACUUACAACAUAGCACCUCCCCAUCCAGAGAAGGCAGAGAGAACAAAACAUCUGCCCCCUCUCAGAGGGCCUCUGCUGUCACCUGGGAAACCACUAGGAGUAACAGUAGUAAGCAGGGUCUGGAGACUCGUAGCUCCUCCCCAAACACAAAAGGUUUGACCAACCGCAACCUAAGUCCCUCCCCUCAGAUGCAAAGGCACACCUCGUCCCAGAGUUCCAUGGAGUCCUCCGAGUCUGGCCAGUUGUCAGGGGAGUCAACAGAGAGGAAUAGGGAAGAGUACGCCAUGAUGGCCGAUCUACCAAAGGUCAAGCCUGUCCUCCAAAGGGAGCGGCUUCGUCAUGUGGGACAGACUCCAAAUCUACCCUCAGGGAGACAGGAGCUCUUCAAACCAGCAAGCCACUCCCUCUCCAGGCAUCCCUCCAGAGAGUGGCUAGAUGACUCAGGAGACCUAGAGAGAAACCACAUAGAAUGGCAUAAUGGCAGCAGUGGUAGACUGUCUCGAACACACUCGUCCACCUCUUUGCACAUGCAGAGGCCCCACAGCCCCACUAUAGAGGAGGAGGCCAGUCCAUGGAGGGCACAACAUAGCUCUUCCUUGGAACAAAUGCAGCCUGACCUCCUUAACUUCAAGAAGGGAUGGAUGUCAAAACUGGAUGAGAAUGGAGAGUGGAAGAAGCACUGGUUUGUGUUGACCGAUGCUGGUCUGAGGUACUACAGAGACUCUGGGGCGGAGGAGAAGGAUGAUCUGGACGGGGAGGUUGACCUGAAGUCUUGUGUAAAAGUGUCUGAGUUUGAUGUAGAGAAGAACUAUGGAUUUCAAAUACAGACAAGGGAGGCAGUUGUCACACUGUCAGCUAUGACUGCAGGGAUCAGGAGGAACUGGAUUGAGGUUCUGAGGAAGAGUGUUCGGCCCAGCAGCUCUCCAGACCUUACACAACUGCCCGAGGGCAGUAGUGACAAGGAGAACUCUCGCUCCCUGGCCUCCACUCAUCGACCACCUUCUCGCCACGGUGAUGCUGGAUCAGAAAUCACCGCCUCCUCUGUACGCCGAUUUGACUGUGUUGAGCUGUCACCAGUGCCCGUCCCCUCCAGCCCUCUGCCAGCCACUCAGAGAGAGGCAGGAGAGGGGCAGGGCAGGGAGCACGCCCAAUGGCAGGAGGAGAGGAGCAGAGAUGUGACCAGUAGCACAUGGGAGCAGGUGCUGUCGAGGAAAGGGCCGGGUGUAGGCUCAGACCCCAGGAUAAGAGCAGAGGAGGAAAUUGAGAAAAAGUGGGCAGAGUUUGAGCGGCUGCCACUAAAGGAGAUGAGGUCACUACUGCCAAUGGGCUCACGGUCCAGCCAUCCAGCCAAUGAGGCGCUGCAGAGGGAGGUAGUGGCGUCUCUGAGGCAGCAGCUAGAGCGUUUGCAGGGAGGAGGGUGUGGUGGUGGGGGGAGGGUGGGCGGAGGUAGCUGUGGUCGGGAGGCAACGUGCGGCCGCAGCCUUCAGGCCAUGGAGCGGGCCCACAAACAGGUCCUGGAGGAGCUGCAGAAGCAGCAUACCCGCGAGACCCGAGAGCUGGAGAGGGACAGGGACCGGGUGCUGAGGGAGGAGACCCAGGACACAGCACAAGUUAUGGAGACACUGAAGAAGGCCCACAAGGAGGAGCUGGAGAGAGAGGUGGAGAAGGCAAAGAGGCUUGGUGGAGGGAGUGCCAACACACAGACCCUACGCACACAGCAGCAGUUAGAGACCCAGGCCCUGCAGAGGGAGCUGUCUGGCCUGUCUGAGAGGUACUCCCAGAAGUGUCUGGAGCUGAACAGGGCUGAGCAGAGCAACGGGGAGAGGGAGAAAGACAUUACUCACAAGGAGAGCGAGCUGGAGCAGCUGAGGAAAGAGAACCAGGACCUACAGGCCCAUUUGACAGAGGAGAUCAGCCGCAUGCGCUCCAUCGUCACGGGCCAGGGGUCGGAGGGUGUUUCCCAUAACAACCAGGACAGGCCGUCCUGUGAGCUGGAGGUUCUUCUCAGGGUGAAGGAGAAUGAGGUGCAGUACUUGCACAAGGAGAUCACCUGUCUGAGGAAUGAACUUCAGUUCCUGACCACGGACAAGCAGUCGGCCUGUGAGCGGUAUAAAGAGGUGCACGGGGAGCUGAGUGGUAUGAAGCGCAGGAGCGAGCGGGAGAUCCAGAGCCUUAGGGAGCACCUGAGAUUGGCCAUGGUUGCCCUGCAGGAGGGCCAGAAACUAGGCAACAGCCUGGAACACUGAGACACCGCCUCAAGGGCUCUGCUCAGAGACACAGAGAGUUGUGUGGGCACAAUGGUGACUGAAAUAGGAGAGGAGCAGAAGUCUUCGCACCAGAAGAUGCCGGCACGGGGGACCACGAAAGUGCCUUAGCUUUCGAUCGUUCAGCCGAUGAGCGGCAUAGACUAGUAUCAGCUGAUCGGUCAUAUUACACUGGGUUGAACAAAUUUUUAAUCUGCACUUUUUAAACUUUUUUCUGUUGUUGAUGUGCGAGAGUGAGUGAAUGAAAAUAUUGGUCUGAGAAACUGGAUUAUUUGUGUAAAGACUGUUGCUGUGAUGUAUUUGUGACCUGAAACAGCACUGGAUUACCCUUCUCUGCAUACCUACCUACAUGUAGACCUACUAUUUACAUGUUGACAGUAGCCAACAUAUGAACAGUUGGUCUACAUGUUGGCUACUGUCAAAAGCUGAAUAAGGAAGCAGGAAAUAAUUCUCGCCAAAAUCAAAACUAUUUUCAUUUGAGCGUGGAUUUGUACAGACUGAGUCAUUCCAUGCCAUUUCAGCAAGCCAUGAAACUCACCAUCUCAAGAUUGUUCCAAAAUAGUUUCUGUAGUUGGCAACGGGAAAGAUUGACAUUCCUGAAACAUUAUUUUGUUGAAACUUAAUUUGAUCUCUGAGAAAGGUAAGUGAUUGCACCCAAAUUGGCAUUUUUUUAUUUAUUUUUUAUAGGAUUCAAAGAUUCACAUAAUAUUCAAUAAAUAUAGUUCCCAUCAUCCGAUUUGGACCAAACUUCUUCCUACUAAUGAGUAAGACAUGAGGAAUCUAAUAACAUUGUCAAAAGCCACCCACAAACUCACCACACAACACAUCACAUGCCAAUCCAACCCCAACAACCAGUAGACAGUAUCAGUUCUCUAUGUUUUAACAAGUAGUAUGAAGUUGCUGCUUGGAGUACUGCUUCUCCAUACUAUGUAAUGUAUUCCCUAUGAAUCUGGUGAUGUUUUUUUAUUUUCUUAUCCCCCCCCUGUUCAGAGAAAUUAGUAAUUGAAGUUACUUGCAUUAUUUACCAUAAAGUAGUGUGAAAGUACUAGGUUUUGACCACUAGAUGCCGUGGUCCUGCUAUACUGAGGCACUCAUCAAUUUUUCUGGUCUCUUGUGUUUAUUGAAUAGAUCACAACAUUUCCUUUGUAAACACAACCAAUAGAUUUGGCUCAUUAUGAAAAUACAUUGUGUGAUCAUCCUCGAUUUCAAGCCAGUCCUCUAUGAAAGCAAUUGAGUUUGUCAUUUUAUGCUUAAUAUGUGUCCAGGAAACUGCCCCCUUGUGUGAGGUUUAUUCCCUUCAAAAAAGGUCUGGAUUAGUUCCUGUUAGACCAUUCCUUGUGAACAAGAACCAUUUAAGCUAUAGCAGUUCUAAUGGUUUCAAUAGUAUGGUCUUCAAUGGUAUAAGUCUCAAACAUACAGUGUACAGUGUUUUGUAAUGGUAUUGGGUUGGAUUUAAUGCUAAAUUUCACUAAUCGCAAUGCUGUUUCCUAAUAAUUUUAUUGAAAAACAUGACUGCAAUGUAUUUUUUUUAGGGUUGUCACAUUUUAGUCCCUAGCCCAUUUCUCCAUCAAAGUUUUGGACUUGUGGAAAAAGUAUUCAUAUGAGAAUUGCACCAUAGGGAUAGCUCUCUCAGAAAGCUGCCACUUAUUGGAAUAUUCAAGGAACUUGUUGAACAUAACUGAAACUAUACUAGAUGUUGGAAUGGUAUUGGCAUUUUUUGGGGCCUUACUCAUUGGUAGGAAGAAGUUUAGUCCAAUUUGGGCACAAUCAAUUAGUUUAAUUUAUGAGAUCAAAUUAUAUAUAAACAAAAUCAUGUUUCAGGAAUGCUAAUCGUAUCUCUUACAAAUAACUACAUAAACAAUUUUAGGGCCGUUUGAGACGGUGGGUUUCAAGCCUUUUUCUUGUGCUUUUUGAGGUGGAACGACCUUAAUGUUGUAUAUCUACAAUGGUUGCUCGGUGAUUGUCAUUGUACACAUUUUACUUCGCAAACCUAUUUGUAUCUUUAUUCAGUGUAAUAUAUAAUCUUACAAUGUGGGUCUCCAUUGAUUGUGAAGUUAAACUUUAUAACAAUUUACCAUUGGGAUUUAUACAUAGAAAGUGGUUUGGUACUGUAAAUUCCUGGGAAGCCAACUUGGAAAUCACUCAUUCCUCUGUGUAGAUACAAGUCAUUUGAAUGUGUGCUUUCUGUUUCAUAUAGUGCCUUCUGUGACUGGAGAAUUGCAUGUAGAAGUUCGAUGAAAUGUCGUCUUGCAAAGAUUUUUGAUGAGGCUAAGAAGAUGCAUGUUGCGAUCCUUUCCCAACCUCCGAACAUUGUGUAGGCAUGAUUGUUUGUGCCACAAAAUGUCUAGUGUUGCGUCAAUGAGCCAAUGUUUUUUUUGUUGUAUCGUGUAUUUUGUGAGGAGAUGAUAAAGUAGACAAUUGUCUUUUGACAAGUGUUUUUAAUAUUUAAUGUAGGGUAUGUGAUAUCUUUGUAAAGUACCCUCAUUUUACAAGCAAUAAAUGCAUGUUUAUACAGCC